UGUAGCCUGAAUGAUCGAAGGUGGAACGCAUUUGUCGCUAUGUUAAAAACCGGUUUUAUUUGAUACUUAAUUACUUGACACCGCACUAAUUAUGACAGAGUGAACAUGUGUAGUGAUAAUUUUUGUUUUAAAAUAGUGAUUUGUUAAUCUGGAUUUUUUACAAACGCAAACACGAAAGUGGUAAUUUGUUGGAGCGUUUCGAAUGUUACGGGGAGAUGAGAGGGCCAGGGCGCGUGAGCAGUGCCCUUCUGCUGCCCAUCGCUCUAUUGUCGCUGCCAGCGAACGCGUACAACGCCACAGCAUACAAGGAGGAAUUAGAAUCAUCGCUACGCCUCGUCCACGCUGUAGCGACGGGUGCUACGGGCGCUCUAUGUGUGACACACCACUACGGACGGUUACGAGCGCCGUUACACGCUACGAGGUGGGACGCUACGAGAGCCCGGGCCGAUCUCGCUGCGAAUAUCUUACAACAACUUGGCAUGGAAACCGCUGAUGUUCUUAUAGCGGUCUCAAGAGGGCUUGUGGUUGGUUCAAGUGCAUCAGAGAGAGUGGUUGGUGCACGGGCGAUAGCAUUACGACCUGAUGGUGUGGUUAACAAUUCCAUCGCCUGGGAAAAAUAUGGAGCUGAACCUGUCGCUGGUGUAACACCAUCACUGGAGAAGCCACCUGAUUCAGAAUUUCCUUGGUAUGUGUCAGCUCAUGAAAGUGACUCUCUUCGAUCACCGAAGUUCAUGCCGUCACUCCCUGGAGCUACGAUGGAGGGGUGGUGGACCUACCCAUACUACAGCUGUUCUGCGAAACGUUGGCUGCUGUCAUAUACAGUGCCCGUUUCUACAGUACGUGGACUCAAAGGGGUAGUGUCGUUAGACAUAGACAUCUCCAGUUUGGAAGUGAAUCAGUGCGAGGCGUACGAUUAUGACGACAACCAAAUAUAUUCAUUCCACGGAACGCAUAAGUGCCCUAAUGAAACUACUUAUUGUGAAUAUAAACCGAACCGCGAAAUGACCGCUCGUUAUUCGGGAUGGGCGCGUGGCUCAUACAUCUGUAAGUGCAGACCCGGAUAUUACUCAAUUCACCAUCCGGAAGGCUUCAACGGGUCACUCGUUGAAGUUGCAUAUCAAGAAUUUGAAGAGAACGGCGUAGAUAUUUGGAAUGAGCCGUACGAAUGUUUGAAAUGUCAACCCGGAUGUGACUCUUGUCGGGGACCGGAGCCAUGUCUCGCGACAUAUAAUUGGCCGUUUCGGAUAUCUCUCCUAGUGAUAUCAGUGAGUUGUGCGGUAAUGACGGUAGUACUAACCAUCUACACGCGCCAUCAUAGACGAGUCAAAGUGUUUCGCGUCGCCAGCCCCGUCUUCCUCUCUAUCACUCUUCUUGGAUGCGCUAUGAUGUAUAUGGAGAUGGCCGCAAUUUUUCCAGUUCUUGAUAUGUAUUCGUGUAUAGCGACGAAGUGGACACGCCAUAUGGGAUUUUGUAUCACAUACACCGCGCUACUAAUGAAAACUUGGAGGGUCUCUCUAACGUAUCGCGUAAAGUCAGCGCAUAAGCUAAAAUUAACAGACAAGCAGCUUCUCCAAUGGAUGGCUCCAAUACUCCUGAUCAUGCUGGUCUACCUCGGCACAUGGACUCUGUCUGCGCCGCCCGAUGCCGAAGUGAUAACUGACAACCGAGGACUUAAAUUCAAACAAUGUACAUAUAACUGGUGGGAUCACAGUUUAGCAAUUGGUGAGAUUCUGUUCUUGUUAUGGGGUGUACGUGUGUGCUAUCGUGUACGUCACGCUGAAAGUCUAUACAACGAGGCUAGAUUAAUCUCUAUAGCCAUUUACAAUAUCUUCACAGUCAAUUCUUUAAUGAUUGCUUUUCACCUGUUAAUUUUACCCCGAGCCGGUCCAGACAUAAAGUACUUACUGGGUUUCAUAAGAACCCAACUCUCCACAUCAACUACCGUCCUAUUGGUAUUUUUACCUAAGGUUUUACGCGUUGUACGCGGUACAGGAGAUACAUGGGAUAGCCGAGCUCGAGCACGUGGUGUGCCUGCCUCAUCUUCACUGAACGGGAUCGGACUAGUACCAGAUGAGCCGCCCGAUCUUUACCAGGAGAAUGAACAGUUAAAGGAGGAGGUUCAGAAGUUAGCCGCCCAAAUCGAAUUCAUGAAGAUAGUUCAAAUGGAGAUGCACAAUCGCCACUUGCGGCCAAAGCCCGGAGGAUACUUCAGCGCCAACGCGACUACCAUGCCUCAGAGUCCCAUGCACUCGAAGACACUCAAUAUUUCACAAGAGAACACGGAGUGGGGACCAGUGUGACUGGUGGCGCUGAGUGAUGGCUGGUGUUGGCCUGGUCCAGCUGCGAAACGCGUACUUACAGCUGUAGACACUAGACCGCCUGCUUUUGUAUAAUUAUAUUUAACUCAUGAAUUAGACUUAGAUCGGAACUAUUUCUAGACAGGUCUUCCUUCCUGUCUGGCAGAUUGCUUGCAAAAUAACUGACUUCAAGGUUUAAAUAACCACGAAAUCUGAUUUAACUAUUGAGUUUAACUGGUUAUUUAUUAAUCCCAGGAUUCCAGUAGCAGCUAGCUAAAUGAAGUUGACUUAGUCACAAAAAUUUAUGUUUUUAUGCCCCAAGCAUGUAUUAAUACAAACGACAGUUUUUGAAGACCAUAUGUUAUAAAUACCCGAACAUCGUCCAGCUACAUAUAUGUUUAUCAGAAUCCACUAAUGAAAUUGUAACAAGAACCAAAGAAGCUAAACAAAAAAUAGGUGACUAUUCAAAAUACCUGUUAAUAUUGUUACCAAAAAAAUAUUUUGCUAAACUUAAAAAUACUCAAACCACCACUUAUUUUUAUCUCACCAACAAAAAAAUCUAGUCAUUAAAGUUGCCAGUAGUUAUAUAAGUUAGAUGUAAAUAUUUUAUAUAGAUAAAGUCAAAAAGGCUGCAUAUUUUUCUUAUUGCUUUUGUUUUGAUUGUGAAGGUAUGAACUUAGUUAUAGCCAAAUAGCAUAUCAAAACUAUUGGUAUUUUUCAAGUAUAACUACUUUACAAAUACAAUAUUUCAUGUAUUUUUACUUUCACAAUAUAUAUGUAUAUAAUAUAUAUAUAUUAUCAAAGCAUAAGAAUAUACACAGCAAAUGCUGUUUUUUCUUAUGCUUUAAUUUGUUAGUAAAGCUUUUAUAAUUUAGAAUAUCACCAUCAGAUCCUGUCAGAUCUGAGAUAUAUAAAUUUUCAGACCAUGAGUGUUGUCAUCUAGACAAUAAAUUCUAAUUACUGUAUUAAAUAUUUUGGUUAAAGUUUAACCUCUAUAAGAGAUGUACAUGUUUAUGUAAAUAAUAUGUCUAAAAAGAAUGCAUUUUAAAAUGUAUAUAUAUAUAUAAUAUUAAAACAAUAUCUUUACUUUGCAUUGUAUAGUAAAUUAUAUCCACUCAAUAUGGCAUGUGCCAAAAGAAAAACUCAUAUAGCUAGUACAUUCUAUGUUCCAUAUAAGAGAGGAAUACGGACAAAAUAACAUUUCUUCAUGAAACACAAUAGACACUUAUGAAUCUCAAUAAACAACCUUAAUGCUAAAUAUUAAGCUAUAUGAUUGCUACUUCCUAUUGCAGGAAAAGUAAAUACAUCUUAAAGAGGAAUACUCUUCUUAAAUUGAGUGGAUGCAUCUUUAAGUAUGUUGUAAUAUAUGAUGGUAUAAAAUGUCAAUUUUCUUACAUUUGAAAGAGUCAAUAAAACAGAUUAUUCUUACAAAAAUAUAUUUUUGUAAACACAAAAAUUCAAAUCGUUGUUUCAAUAAUGUUCUACAAGACAGAAAUAACGACUUUAAAUGAAAAUAAUUUUCUAUGUUACGCAGAACAUUUUAGCUUUUUCAUGUCUAUUUGUAAAUUAGCUAGCAGUAUAAUUUUAUGUGACAAUUGUAAUGUAAGCUAGUUAUUGAAAUUGGCCAUACAGGCUCAAUAAACAUUCCUUAUAUGGUCAUGCUUGUCAUGUUGUUGUAACCUAAGUGUUAGUUGAUGUCUUAGUAAAUUCAGCAUCAAUAUGCUCAUUAUUUUUGUAAAUGUUACUUUUUCAUAGAAUUGUAAGACAUAAAUGUGAUAUAAAUAGUUUUUAUUAGGAUUAGAUCCAAUGCCAGAUACAAUUUGGGAUUUAAAUAUGGUUUUAAUAUUUAUGACCACAAAUUAGACCAAACUGAAUCCUCGGAACGGUGAGGUCGCACCGUGAAACCUGUGAAGUCCCCAGGAAGCUUCUGGGCUUUUGGAAGGAGUUAGGCUUGCUUAGUUAGCCAGGACUUACGUACAACAGACCUAGUGAGCCUCUAAGUGCAGAGAAUGAGUCCACAAACCAUUAACCAUUAGACCAAACUGUCGAAUUGACCAAUUUAUAAAAUGGAAAUGAUUGAUCAUUAAGUUUAUGAAUGUAGUAAUGUUUUUAUUAUUAUAGACAAAAUUAGGCAGUGUAUGUGCAUUAUGAAUUAUUCAUUUUAAAUUUUGUAAUAUGCUGAUGGUACUUUGAUGUCGAUAUAAAAUUAUGUUGUGACAAUACAUACAAAUUGUAUUUGGUAAUUUUUAAUAAGAACUAAUGAUGUUGGUAGAUAGUAUGUUAAAAAUUGAUUUACAUUUUUAACUUUACUUGCAGAUAGUAAUUGUGCCAAGCUAUAUAAACCUUUUAGACUAUGUUUUCAUUUAUGAAAAUAUAUUUUAUAGAGGAACUCAUAAAUGUUAAAUAAGUUUGUGUAAUAGAAUGAAAUAAAUGUUGUUGUUCUCAGUUAUAGAUGAUGUAAGAUGUGUUUUUACAAAAAAUAAAAAGUACCUGUUA